CAGAUCUCCCUAAAACUUCAACGUUAACUGAAAGCUUACUGUAGCAGGGAGAAGGUAGAGCAAGGGAAUGGAAAACAUUAACCAAAAUGAACAAUGAUCAGCUCAACCUUGAGCAGGUCGCUGGGAUCCGGAGAGUGACGUGUGGAGAAGUGUCUGAUCCUUAGGCUCUUUUCAGAUGAGACCGUGUGAAGCUCACUGAUAUAAGGAAGGUCACAUCAGCACACAACAGAGUUAUCACCAGGCAUCAAUGGCGCUGAGUAGCGCUGCCAUGGCAAAUAAUCAUUACAUCAUAAUAUAUUCUUCCACAGAUGUGUUAUAUUUGUGGCCUGUUUGAGCAUCUGUGACUCGUGAUCAAGACUACAGCUUUGAUUUCGUAUCAAAAGUAUGUUUACUUAUGUUAUUUAUGUUUUUUUCGUUCACUCUUUUUCAUAAUACGACUAAUGUGGCAGGACGGGCGACUGCUUCUAUGCUAUUACAUCAUAGGAGCAAGCAUUUGCACACAGCUGGGCUAAAUCACCAUGCUAUUAGAAUAAUAUGAGUAGGAUAAGGUAAAAUGGGGUGAGUGGAAUUAAAACAUUGUCAACUUUCUGUCCAGUGGGAUGUUGGGCAUGUGUUCCUCCAAACAGUUAAUAUUAGCUAACCUUUCAACCGUGACUCCAUCACCUCGAUGCUAAUGACCAAAACAGCAGAGGUCAGUUGUGCUGCCAAUUCACCUUCACAUUAAGCUACACGGACAGACUUAAGGGACUGUUUGGGGCUGUGAACACUUAGACGCAAUGAACAGUGUGGAGCCUGGGAGGGAGAUAUUUGUAAAGAACCUCGAUCCAGAAGGAGGAAGAGAUGUGGAGACACCCUGCAAGAGUCCGCUUCUUUCUGAGGCGUGGAGGCCGUACCAGCGGCCGCGUGCAAUUACCAAAGAAUGGCUGCUGAAGCUGAGGAGUUGCUUUGGAGCGGUGUGUGGGAUGGAGUGGUACGGCUACGCUGCUUUAGGCGUUUUAACCGCCUUCCUCAGUUUCCUCAUGGACCUCAGUGUGGCCAAGCUGCUAAACGCUCAUCAGUGGCUCUACAUGAAGCUGGAAGGCAACAGCCUGCUGCAGUUCUUCUGCUGGACUCUUUACCCAGCGUGCCUCUGUGCUGUCGGCUCAACGUUCUCCCACGACAUCUGCCCCUUCUCCACAGGCUCGGGCAUCCCGGAGGUCAGAACCAUGCUGGUCGGCUUCGAAAUGCCGCACUACUUGUCCGUCACGCAUUUGUUCACCAAGUACGUGGGCCUCAUCUGCACGCUGGCAGCUGGCAGCACUGUUUUCCUGGGCAAAGUGGGUCCAUUCGUGCAUCUCUCUACCAUGGUGGGGGCCUACCUGAGCAACCUCUGCACUCUAGUACAAGUGGAUAAGAAGGAAAACGCCCUUAGAGAAAUGCUGGUGGUGGCGGCCGGAGUCGGGGUGGCCAGCUGCUUCGGAGCGCCCGUCAGUGGGGUGCUGUUCAGUGUGGAGGUGAUGUCUUCGCACUUCGCCCUGAAGCAGUACGUCCCGUGUUUCUUCUCGGCCGCCUGCGGAGCGCUGACCUUCCGCCUCUUCGCCGUGUGGAGUGGAGAUGGAGAGACUCUUCAGGCGCUGUUUAAAACUGAUUUCCCUGCCGCCUUACCUUUCUACCCACUGGAAAUUCUGCUGUUUGCUUUCCUGGGGCUGGUGUGUGGAGCUGUGAGCUGCUGCUACCUCUUCUGCCACCGACGGAUGCUGAAAUUCACCAAAACGAACUCGGUCCUCGCCAAACUGCUGACCACAGAGAAGGGCCUGUACGCGGGCACCGUGGCCUUCCUCCUGGCGUGUGUGACCUUCCCCCACUUCUUUGGUCGAUACAUGGCUUCUAAGUUCACCAUGAAGCAGCUCCUCACCUCCUUAAUGGACAGCAGUCAGUGGGGCUCUCAGACCCAUAAUGCCUCUGUGUCCGAGCCGCUGUCGAAGUGGAGCUCACCUGAAAGUCCUUUCUACUUCUCUCUGACGUUCUUUCUGCUCAUGAAGAUGUGGCUGUUGGUGGUCGCCUGUUCUUUGCCCGUGCCCGCUGGGUACUUCAUGCCGGUCUUCCUGUACGGAGCAGCGUUGGGUCGUUUGGUUGGAGAGGGAGCAGCUUACGUGUUUUCCUGGACUUCUAUAAAUCCCGGGGGCUAUGCAUUAGCUGGUGCGGCAGCCUACUCCGGGGCGGUGACACACACCCUGUCUCCAGCGCUGUUGGCUGUGGAGGUCACAGGUCAGUUCAGCCACGCCGUACCCGCCCUGGUCGCGGCGCUGCUGGCCAACGCCGUGGCCCGGUCCCGGCGCCGCCCGUCUUUCUACGACGCCCUCUCUAUUGGAAAAAGGCUCCCGCAUCUGCCGUCGCUGAAGAAGGUUUGCCCUCAGCUUCCUUCCACACCAGUGGGACAGGUUUUGGGAGUGAAAUCAGUUCAGCUCCAGAAAGCAGCUGGUCCAGCAGAGGUUGAGGACGUUGUUCACAGCAGCACCGAAACCCAAAUCCCAGUGGUGGACUCACAUGAGUCGCAGAUUUUACUGGGCUUUGUCCUGCGAUCCGAGCUGCUGUUGUUCCUGCAUCACUCUAAGACUGAGACUCUGGAGAAACAUCUGGAUGAGGUCUGCUGUAUUCACCCGAUCUCAGCCCUGAUAUCGCCGCACAACAGCAUUCAAGAGGCCUACAGCAUCCUGAGUCUAAUUGGAGCCCAGACGUUGUUUGUCACCGACAGAGGGCGGCUGGUCGGACUCAUCACGUGGCCAGAGAUGAAGGGCAUAUUGGAGAAUUUGACUAAAGAAAUCUAAGCAACAGUACAAAAACCCAAGCACAGCCAAUCUAUUCUUCUGAUGAGCUGGUAACGCAGGCCUGGCUCUAAUAAUGAGAUCAGCUCCUCAUUGCCCAAGCGUGACAACGCUUCCCUACAAACAACACCACCAUUAGCCUGGAAGCUCCGGUGAUCAUCAUUUAUCAGGGCUUAUUGUUUCCCCCUUUAUUGUGAUCAGCAGGAUCGGGACCACUGAGCAGAUACCACUCACCUCCCUCUGUUUACCACACUUUUUAAGACUGUGAUAGUAAAACUAUAUCUGGAACCAGCAAAGAUCAACACAAAAGUUUAGUUCACCACCACUAAAUGGAGAGGUAGAUAAUGUGUUUAAAGCAAACUAUGACAGUGUUUUUAAAUUGGGUUUUAAAUGGUUUCAUUUAGUUCCACCUGCUGUGGCACAAUAAUUAAAAUAAGUGAUUCAGAGUCCAUCACUGUGAGAGAAUAGUCUUCUCCAUUCAGUGGUUGAAUGCCUGAUGGACUGAAACAAAAUGUCAAAUGCAGGAAGAGGAGAUGCCGUGUGUUAAUACUCCUCCACCACAUCAUCAAGUCCAGUCAAACUGGGCCUGGACCACAUCCAGUAAAGGGUUUCCAGUACAGGCCGGCACCAAAAAGAGAAAUACACCAGAGUUUGAUAGGAAUUAUGAUAGAUAGGUAGAAAAACCCAGAUGAGCGAUAGGUUUGAAAGCAGCACAUAUCGGUCACAGUGUCAUCAGCGUGUUGUGACUACUUGAAGUAGUGUCCUCCAAAAACAAGAAAUGCUUAUUAUUAAAGCUGGUUUGAAUUAGAUCGGCGCUUUCUGAUUUUGCUGCCCCCCAGUGGUAGCAAAGAAACGCCUCCAUCCAACCUUUAACCCGGUUAGUGUCAUCAGAAUAAUAUGUUGGUGAAUGAAAGAAAACUGGCUUUAAGGUCGGAUCCGAAACUUAACAAGCGUUGCCUUGGUAACAAGGUUCCUUCCUUACUUAAUUAAAUCAUGAUUGUAUUGUAAAUUAGUGUUGAUGUGUUGUUGGUGGUGCGCUAAUUAAAAUCAAGAUCAAUUUCAAGUUUAAAAAAAAAGUGUUCAAAAUCAUUUCUUGUGUUCAUUAUCCUCCAACAAGAAAGCAGCUUAA